AUGUCUACAAAUCAGGAAGACCUAACACAACGACCCAACAAGACUGACCACGAUGAUGAUAUUAGAGAACCAUUCUACAUUUAUCUUCAAAAUAGUGAAUUAAACACAAACCUUCAGAAAUAUAUUUCUGCCUUUGUUCAGCACAUUGCAAGCAUUUUAGAACAAGAUGCUCCAAAUGUAAGACGAAUCGUCUCUUUUCUUCCCGAACGUAAUGGUGUUCUGUUGUUUGGCUUUCGGAGAUCUACCAUCAAAGUAUUGUACUCGUUCUUGAAAAGUUUGGAUCAGAAAAAGCAUAAUAUUAAUUUUGAAAUUAAUCUCGUAUUAGUGGAGUCUCACAAAAUGACUCACGAUUUUAAUUUCUAA